AGUUGCAUUUAGCGCGAACCAAAAUUGAAAUGGUUCAGGACUUAACAUUACAGUCUACUGACAAGUUGUUCUUUGAAUGAGUGACUUUCAUUCUCUGCUGUUUACUAACUUAUAAUAACUUAUUCAUUCUACUUUAAUAUUAUUUAAAAUGUUGGAAUGGUUUAAAAUAACUCUUAUACUUUGCGCUUUUGGGACAUUACGUGAGAUUAGGCCAUCUGAACCCUUCGUUACAGAAUUUUUAAGUGGAGAAUGGCGAAAUGUAACCUCCGAGCAGUUGUUCCGUGAUGUUUACCCAGUAGGAACUUAUUCUUAUAUGGCAGUCCUAAUAGUGAUAUUUUUAAUAACUGAUUUUCUACGAUUCAAACCCGUGAUUAUUUUAUCAGGACUGUGCGGAAUAUCAAUCUAUGCUAUACUGCUAUGGACUACAAGCAUAGAAUGGUUGUAUGUGAGCCAAUUCUUGUAUGGAUUAUAUAUGGCUACUGAAGUCGCAUAUUACACAUAUAUGUAUGCAAAGGUGGAGACAUCGAAGUACGCGCGGGUGACGUCGCUGGCGCGCGUGGCGGCGCUGGCCGGCCGCUUCCUGUCCGGCGUCACCGCGCAGCUGCUCACGCACCUACACCUCAUGGACUUCCGAGAGCUCAACUACAUAACAUUCUCUUCUCAGAUACUGGCUACGAUAUGGGCAUUUUGGUUGCCGUCCGUAGACUUCGGGAUCUACUUCCACCGGCGCUCCUCUAUCAUAAGCAACUUUCAGGAGAAUCUCCACCCGCCUAAGGAUCAGAUUUUACCAAAAGUUAAGCAGAAGCAGUCGCUGACGGCGAACGUGUCGAGGGCUGCGCGGCUGCUGUCGCGGCACGCGGGCGCCGCGUACUCGCGGCCGCGCGUGCUCGCGUGGUCGGCGCUCUACGCAGCCGCGCUCGCGCUCUUCACGCACGCACAGUACUACAUGCAGGUGCUCUGGCAGCAGAUCCAGCAGCACGACGAACACAAGGUGGAUUACAACGGGGCAGUGGAAGCGGCAACGACGCUGGCGGGCGCGGCGGGCGCGCUGGCGGCGGCGAGCGCACAGCGGCCGGUGCUGCCCGCAGUCGCCGCCGCCGCGCAGGCCGCCGCCGCGCUGCUCACCGCCUACGUGCCCGACAUCUACCUGUCCUACGCCUGCUACGUUCUGCUCGGGACGCUCUUCCACUUCACCAUCACCAUGGCCAGUGCUAAAAUAGCGAGUCAGCUGACCGACGAAAGCUGUUUCGGGCUGAUAUUCGGCAUCAACAUGUUCGUGGGCGCGGUGCUGCAGUCGCUGCUCACGCUGGUGCUGAACCAGGCGCUGGCGCUGCAGGCCGACGCGAUGUACGCGGCGCUCGGCGCGCUCUACCUGCUGCUGGCGGCCGGCUGGCUGCUGGGCUGGGCCGCGCACACCUGCCGCCAGAAGAAGGCCGCCGCCGACCACUAGCACCACUACCUGACGGCUGGCUUGUAACAACUUCCGCAGGCACAGUACAGUUUUUGGAAAACCAGUAAUAUUCCCAAAGAAUAUAACGCUGGAGCGUUCGAUGCCAAUGAGAGGCCGAGGCUCACAGUCGUAGGCGUUGGUAUUGUCACGUUCAUUGAAGGCGGCAGCGCAAGUUACAUUUGUGCCUUUCCAUGCCAGUGUGCAUUUCAUGGUUUCCAAUCUCGUCUGUAAUUAUGAUCCUAACAUUAGGUAUUCGUUGAAAUGAGUUAGCCAAACUACAAUUGGUUAGACAUGUUUUCGUGACUUUUUUCUAUCGUGCCAACUUUAACCUUUUAAGGUAAAUUGCAAAUAUAGUCUAGUCUCUGUAUGAUUUUUGACUUGACAUGGCAUUUGACUUUGUAAAAACGUGUUCUUAAUUAAUGACUCGGUUUACCAUGUUACACAUACUCGUUUUUAUCACACUUGCAACAAAUCUUAAUUAGGUACAGUAAAAGUAAAAUAGACUGAUCUGCCAUGUUAUUAGUCAGCAUUUACAUACGAGUACGUAGGACGUUCAAUCCUAAGUUAUCUUCAUUUUAAUGUUGUAUGUAAUUAUUCUAAUUAUGUUAUGAACUUAUAACAGUUAUAUCAUAAGGCAUACCUAGCAU